GGUGAAGCCAUUAUGAGCUCCCAGAGUGCUGCACUUGAGUUGAACAAGGGGUCAGAGCCUGGGCGAGGGAGGACAGAAGGUGAAGACCACAGCACAGCUUGGCUUGAAAACCAGUUCAGUGUGGGCGACUUUGUCAAAAUCCAGAGGGCCUUUGAGCCCCUAGAGCCAGGUCAAACCAUCCCUAUGUCUCGAGAAGAGUUUAUGCAGAGGAUGACAGAGAUUGUUGGUUGGGGCACAAAGGAAGAAUACGGGAAGCUCUUUGACAAAGUGGAUGUGGCCCAAGAUGGCUUCAUUACUUGGGACAAGCUGACUUCAUUUAUGCUGUUAACACUUUAUGAAAACGACGAACGAGCAAAGGCGACUGCGGUUCCCCAGUGGAAAGACCUUAAGUUCCUCCCAGUGAAACACAAGGACACCAUUCAAAAAGUCAUUUUCUUAAAGAAUUCAAGUCGUUAUCUGACCAUCAGUGAGGAAGGUUUAUUAGGAAUCUGGGGAGAGAAUUUAAAGCUGCAACAAACAUUCCCCAUCACUUCAGAUGCCACCAAGCUUAAACACCUGUGGGUGACAAGUCUGGUUUCUCUGGAAAAUGUAAACAAGAUAGCGGUGGCUUUUACAAGUAAAGAGAUUUGUUUUUAUGAUCUGCUGUCCAAAGAACAAUUUCCUUGUCAAUACAAACUCCAAGGCCUGAAAGGAACACCAAUUUGCAUGGAUUAUUGGUAUGACCCUCUUGAUGACAAUAAAUCAAUUCUGUCUUUUGGGGACAUAACUGGAAAGGUUCAAGCCAUUGUUUUCACGACAGCCUUGAUUUCCCUGUUUGAGUGUCCCGCUAGUGCAUGUGAAAAUGAAGAAGCCACUGUGACCAUUAACUGGGCAGAACUGCUCUCUGGAUAUCACAAAUGUUGCUAUACGUUAGAGCACAAACUUCAUCGUGGAGAGUGGGUCAGGCAAGUUACUUACAAUGCUUCUUUAGAUGCCAUCAUUUCCAGCACAACCAACAGUACAAACACUGUGGUGCUGGCUUGGAGAGAAAAACCAAAAAAGCAUCUUCAAAUGACAUCUUUCAACAUUGCCCAGGGCAUUCAUGCUUUUGAUUACCACUCUCGGCUCAAUUUAAUUGCAACUGCUGGCAUUAACAACAAAGUCUGCCUUUGGAACCCCUAUGUGGCCUCUAAGCCAGUUGGUGUUCUCUGGGGUCACUCAGCCAGUGUAAUAGCUGUCCAAUUCUUUGCUGCAAGAAAACAACUUUUCAGCUUCUCCAAAGAUAAAGUUUUGAGACUCUGGGAUAUUCAGCACCAGCUGUGCAUCCAGAGGAUAGCGUGCUCUUUCCCCCAAAGCCAGGACUUCAGAUGCCUCUUCCACUUUGAUGAAGCCCACGGUCGACUUUUCAUCUCAUGUAAUCACCAGCUGGCACUGUUGGCCAUGGAACGGGAAGCCAGCAAGAGGGUGAAAAGCCACAAGAGCGCUGUCACUUGUGUUCUUUACCAUUCAGGCUUGAGGCAGGUAAUCAGCUCUGAUGUGGGGUCAACAGUUUGCUUCUGGAUGAUAGACACUGGGCAGAAAAUCAAACAAUUUACUGGUUGUCAUGGAAAUGCAGAAAUCAGCACUAUGGCCCUUGAUGCAAAUGAGACACGGCUUUUGACUGGCAGCACAGAUGGAACUGUUAAGGUGUGGGAUUUCAAUGGAUAUUGUCACCAUACACUAAAUGUUGGAAAAGAGGGAGUUGUGGAUAUUUUACAGAUCCUGGUUCUUAAGAAGACAAUACUGGUUACAGGCUGGGACAGGGCUCUAACCGUGUUUCGACCUCAGAACUUCAAUCAGUUUUCCGUCUACCCGGAGGAAUGGGAAGGAGGAAUACAGCACCGGGAUGAUAUCAUUUGUGCUGCCUUCUUACCUCCACAAACGCUUGCUACAGGGAGUUAUGAUGGAGAAAUUGUUCUGUGGAACAACAGCACAGGAAAUGCUCACUAUGUCCUUCAUCCCGAUUACCAGAGGCUGCUACAAUCAAAAUCAGAUACUUCUCCUCAAAAUCUCCUCAGUGCUGCGAGGAGCUGCUCCAGCCACCCCACAGCAGAGCAGGCUACCCUGGGAGCCAGCUCCUAUGAGGCUGGCACCGAGUGCGAUAACGCUGUGAUGAGGCUUUGCUUCCUUGAAGCAAGAAAAAACGUUGCAGUGACAGGAGGUGCUAACUUGGUGUCAUGUGGAGGAUCUGGGUAUGUCAGACUCUGGGAUACAUUUAAGAAACAACUUCUGGCUGAAUUUUUGGCUCAUAGUGGAGUUGGAUCUAUUAUUAUGGCUACUGAUAAACUGAAUCGAUACCUCGCCACAGGAGAUCUUGAUGGAUGUUUGAAAAUAUGGAAUAUAGAGGAGUACUGUCUCAAUUCUAGUAAGAGCAGAAUCACACAGGCCCCAACUCUGAUAAGGUCGUUCCAACCUCAUGAAGACCAGAUACGUUCCUUAGAGAUGUGCGCGCCGGGUGGCAGUUCGCUGAUUAUCUCCUGCUCUGCAGACUGCAGCGUUUGUGUGACUGAUGUCUGCGGCGCACCUGUCUACAUCUUCGGUCAGGCAAAGCAUUGGCAAAUUGAAAGCUGUUUUUCUUUCCCUAAGAAGGAUAAUAAUUUAAUGGAAAGUGAGAUUCAAGAAGAAAGUAUAAGGGAAACUGCUUCACUUUCUCAUGAGGAAUCAUGCUUAGACCCAGCAGAACAUUCUCUACUUGAUAAAAAAGACAAAGAUGAGCCAACAUACAAUGUCCGAUCAUCAGAAGUUAUAAAUUUAGCUACAAAAUAUAAGGAAAGAAAUAUAUAUAAGAAAAAAACACAUAACCUUUACAGCAGUGAAGUUCUACAAAAAUCAUCCAGCGUAUUUAGGUCACUAAGCAUCGGAGUCCUGAAAGAGCUACCAGAAGUGAAUAAACCGGCUUUUCUUCAAGACCCUGAGAAAUACUUUAGGGAAGAGCCAGAGGAGGCGUGUCCCCAAACUCCAGAGCUCCCAUCGCUCUCUGAGACUUUGAAAGCUGUAUUUGUUGAGAAAAACCUGUUUCCCAAAGACUUUCUGGAUCGUGAAAGAAGAGCCAAGCAAUUAUGUCAAGAAACAAGUAGUGAAGUGAAUAUAAAAAGAAAUAAGAAGCAAUUAUAA